CCGGGUGCGCAACAGAAAACACUGAUAUCCAUUUCCUCUAAAAAAAAAAAAACAAAAGACAAAAAAAAAACAAAACAGCAAAACGAAAUGUGACCGACGUACACCAAUAAUCUCCAUUAAUCUCAAUUAAUCCCCAUCAAUUUGCUCCAACAAUCAGUCCCUCGUAAAUUUGAAGAAUUGACGUUCUCCACUUCGACUUCCGGUACCAAAAAAAAAGAAGAAAAAUAAAACGUGAAAAUGAUGAGUGCAGAGGAGUGAACCGUACGAAUUAGUCGAGACGAGUUGAUAAACAAAAGGGAAAUGGUGGUGUGGAUUAUCUCUGAAUGAAUGAGAGGGGAAUUUCAGCUGUUGGAGUUUUAAUUGGGAUAAUGGUGGCCAUCUUGUGUUUAUGUGACGGAGUUUAAUUAACGUGAUUAGGGAAUUUUAUUCUCUGAGUUUAUUUGUUUCUUUUUUUUUGAGUGUCGGUGAAAGUGGAAGGUAUUACGGGUGAUGGGGACAGUGUGAGGUUUUGGGUUGAGGUUUAUUUGGAAUUUUGGUGAUGAUGAUGGCACCGCAGGUUGUGGGGGUUCUGCUCAAGAAACCUGGACAGCAGAAUCACCCACGUGUCAGACCUAUGGAUCCACAGGAGACUAAAAUCAGAGGUGAACUGUAUGUCGAGGAUCUUGGUGAAAGGAGAAUGGUAUCGAUCAGAAUGGGUUGGCUGUGGGUCGAGGGAACACCAAGUCUAGCUCUGAGGGCACUGAACCUUCGUCAGGCGUCGCCAGGAAUAUGUCAGCCCCAUGCAUUAGCACUUGGAUUUACAUUGAGCAACACCAACGGCCAUCCACUUGCUACCUUUUGGGCGGAUACAGAGCCCAUCUACUGGUCAUGGGUUCGUGCGAUAGCAGCUGAACUCGUCCGUCAGACGCCAUUCCGCUCCCGUCGCUGUCUAAAUUUUCUUGAGAUCCUGACAAUAUGCCCUCGAGGCUCCCUACCCCUUCCCGACAGUCCCCCAGACUCUCGCCGACGUUCCCGAAGUGAAUUACGAUGUCGCCUGGACGAUUCCCCGAUCGACAAGUCCCUUCAUAGCCUCUCAAUCCUAGAUGACACCCGAAGACGAGCAAGAAGUGAAUUGCGCUGCUGGUCAAGCAGCAAUUCCAGUGACGAGGACAUCGUCGGUGAAUUUCGUUCAAUUCCAUCAGUCCUACCGAAGCCCCAGCCAACACGCACCUGGGGCUGUAGCGAAAGUAGCGAAGGAAGUGACGACAGUUUGCCUUGGGGUGCAAAUACCACGACAAUUUCCCUGCCCGAGGCACCAACCAGAGAGCAGAGGAUUCAACGUUACAAGGAGGCGAGAAGACGUGAAAACGAGGCGAGAACCAAGAGAGUCCUCGAGGAGGACGCAAGAAGAAGAAAGGCAAGAGCCGAAGAGAACAACAACGAUAUCUCCAGGUACACAAAAAUUCGAAAUCGAUUGUUUCGUGAUGAGGACAUCAUCAAGACUGUCGACAUAUCCUUCACCGAGAGACUUCCACCGAUAAAACCUGUCGAAUCACGAGUCGUUAAUACGAGAUGUCUCGACGACUCGAGGAACAACAACAUCUGCAGGAAUUCCAAUGUCCUUGUCGAUGUAAUGACGAGAGUUGAGACGAGUUAUCUGGCGUCGGAGAGGAGGAGUCGAGCCAGGGAGAGGAAAUCAAUGAAGAAUGAAGUGAAGGAGAUGCCUGUCGUAGUUAUUGAGGCGAAGGAUUUGUCCUCGAAUAUUCUGUCGAGAAUUCCCAUCUCGAGGACGACGAAUCGAGCCAACUCGAGUCCAAGGGCAUCUACAAUCGAGUCGAAGGAUGUGAUUGACGCAAGGGAUCGGUCUCUAGGGAAUUUUUCAAGGAUCGGGGCCAGUCCGGGUGCUCUAAGUACUUGUGGAAAUCCACCCUGCGAGGAGGAUGUUGCUAGGUUGCUCGAGAGGUGCCAGAGGGUUGAUCAUUAUGUUCCUGUCAGGGAGAAGCUCAAUCUCUUUGAGUCUCUCUCGAGGAUGGGUGGGAGGUUGGCUAGGAGUACAGAGGACCUGGGGAGGUCAUCUGCAAGCAGCAGCCCCAAGGGCAAGCAGAGGGCACGCUCUCUUCAUGAUCUUAAUCGAGGGGUCAAGGCUGUACCUGUCAGGGAGAUGUGCAGGCUUUUUGAGGGGGACAACUCCAGGAAUAAAGAAGUCUUGAGAAAUUUGGAUCCACCCUGUGUCAGGGCUUCCACACGACGACGACAGUACCUUAAAUGAUAGGCACCAAAGAAUCGGUCCAUGACCAGUUUUGUGUUCAACUCAUUUUGUUGGGGAAAAUUUCAUUCGACUCUUGCCUUCCUAUCAGUCAUUACGGAUUUAUCUCGACAUGAGAAUUUUUUUCGGGAAACUUCAGUGGAAAAGCCGAAUGGAAAUUUCCUCUGAAUGUGAAUGAAAAAUGUGGAGUUUGUUAAGUGUCGAUUUAUCUCGGAAACGAGGGGCUCUAGGGCAAGAAGACAGAAGAAGUUUUUUGGAGCUGAUGAAAUCUGCUACAAAAAAGUCGGGAGGUGCUUUUUUCUCAAAUCAGCUUUUGCUGAGGUAAUUCGAUGGUUAAUGAAGUGUAGAAAAUUGAACUUUCAGUUUUCAGUGCUAAGAUCUGAUUCAAUUACAGAUUUAUCUCGAAAAUGAGGGGUUCUCGGUGAAAAAGUCAUAAGAAAUUUUUUGGAGCUUAUGAAAUUUGCGACAGAAAAGACAAAUGAUUGUUUUUUCAGAAAUCACGCAUUAUCGGGUAAUCUGAUAGUUGAUUUCACAGAAAAUUGAAUUUUCGCUUUUUGUUACUGAGAUAGAUCUGUCAAUCGUAGAAUUAUCUUGGAAACGAGGGGUUCUAAGCGAGAAAGUCAUAAGACUUUUUUUGUAGCUGCAGAAAUCUCCAACAAAAUAUCUCCUAUGAAGUUCUCCCUGAAACCUCUCAUUAUCGCCAUAAUUGACAGGGAAAGUCUUCGCCGCCCCUUCGAAAAAUUAAUGUUCGAGCAGGUCUGAAGAACGUUAUAACUGUAGCUCGAUUUUUGUCGAUUGCAACAAGCAUGAAAAUUAAUUUAUAAUUUUUGUAAAAAGACAUUGUGUGACAAUUGUAUUUUUUUGUAUUUUUGUUAAAACUGAACGUGUGAAUUUUUGUACUCAAAAGAAAAAGAAAUCGAUGGAAUUGGGUGGGAAAUUCUGCUUCGUUGUAAUUUUCGAAUGGAAAAUUCGUAACGGAAGAUGAGAAAAUGAUUGGAAAAGUAAAAAAAAUAUAUAAAAUGAAUAGAAAAAAAAGAAUAAUUUCUCUACGUGAAAAUGUAUUCCUUUUUUUGGAAUUUCGAAAGCAGAGUGCGUGUUCGUUGAGUCUGGAAUUCAUGAGCAAUAUAUAUAUUUUUUUUUUUGGCAACUCGCCAAAGAGGUCCUCUAGUCCUGAAUAAAGUCAUCGCAAUCGAAUGUAAUGGAGAUUAUGAAAUAAUUGUGGAAAGUCGAUGUAAUCCGAUGACAAUUACUGUUCCCCUCUUCGAAUUGUCAAUUCCUAUCCCCUUCCUUUGUUCAUUGUCACAUUGUAAGUGAAUUGUUUUGCUCUGAAGACGUUAAGUUGUAAAUUGUAUAGUUUUGUAAACAAAAUGUUUCUUUGUAAUAAAAUUCGGACGAACAAUAGCUGCAUUAUGAAGAGCUGUUGGAACGUCUUUUUUGUUAAUUCUUA